ACAUUCUACUCACUUUUCUCCUUUACCUCUCUCAUCCCUUCCUCACUCACCUCUACACCUUCCAUGCUACUAACAGACCUCCCGCCAGAGCUUCUCGAGGAGAUCUUCCUCCAAUGCGAUCCCUGCGAUGUGGGCGCCCUCGCGCAAUGCUGCUCGUACUUGCACACCAUCAUUUACGCCCCAGAAAAACCCUCCGCCAGCAUGCCGUUCUGGCGCGCUUUGUAUUUGCAGCAACCGCUAGAUGACCCGCGCCUUAGCCUCACCCAGCUCGGCCUUCCGCGCGCAAUCUCGGACGACCUAUGGAAGACGCGACUGCAGCGUUUAGCCCGCGCGCAGGCUGUUUUAGAAGGUCGCGCCACCGUGCGCUUAGACGAACUCGAGUCUAUACUCGAGUCUCUACUAGACAUGAUCACCUUCGUUGUUCCCCUUCGCACGCACGCCGCCCUCGACGUCUCCUCCAGCCUUAUCCUCGCUACGCUCCUCCUCCGGCGCAGCACGCUCUUGGACGAGCCCCUUCCGCCUGUUGCAUCGCAGCGCACGCGACAACUCCUUGCCUGCAUACACACGCAUUUCGGCCUCACGUCCGCUGACCACGACCCCGCGCGGCGCGUGCGUGCGCGCGCCUACGUGUACGACCUGCGCAAGUACCGGGACGAGACACAUUAUGGGCCGUUUUUGGAGGACGACACGGUGGACUGGGAGAUGAUGCGCGAGCUGCAUGAGGUGAUGUCGAUGCACUUCUCGUUCCCGGAGGUGGAGGCGGGGGCGGAUACAUUUGCGCUGUAUCCGAUGUGCUUGCCGUAUACGCAGUUAGUGGUGGAGGAAGAGGGGGAAGACGAAGAGGAGAGGCAGGAGGAAAAGAGGGGAGGGGAAGAAGACAAACAUGAAACCACGAAAGAGAAGGAUGACUGGGCGGGCGUGGCAGGACUAUGGCAAAUCGCGUUUUGCUAUUGCGAUCAGCGAGAGUUGAUACACUACAACUCCACAGCGACUACCCCGGACGGCCCACUCGACGCCUCCCUCUUCGAGGACCCCGACUUCGUCGAAAUUUGCCGCACCCUUCAGUUCGACCUCGACGUAUCCCAUAUCGAGCCCGACCCUCAGCACCCCAAGCGGCCGAAGAUCCACUUCGAGGCCACCGAUGAGGACAUGGGGAUCACGAUUCGGGGCGUAGUCUCGGUAACGCCUGAUGAGAGGAUUCGGUGGCGGUUUGUCUGUGGAGAUCCACCGCAUCCGAUAUGGAGCUGCGAAGCCGUGCAAGUCGGAGGCGUACGGUCGAAAUACGGGAUCUUAGGUGUCUGGACGACCAUCUUUCACGACGACGAUGGGCCAGUAGGUCCCUUCUGGCUGCGACGCUACUCGGAAGAAAUUUCCCUGCAAAAUCGGCAGGGAUCCUUGACUGCGUUGCAUACGUUCUCGAACUAGCACAUCAUUGCUCCUCUUCGCAAGCUCCCGUCAAUGACAACCCAACGAUCAAUACAGCUCAUCCUUUG